CCAAUGCUUUCCAGGAACAGGAAGUGUCAAUGAGCAUGUUGAGAUAGCUACAUCACUGUAUCCAGAACAAAAGGGAGAAAUAUUUACAGAGAAGUAGGGGAUAUUGCCAAUUCUUUUCUCACCAUUCCGGCACUGCUCAGCUUCACAAAAGCGGAUCCCAUCAGGAACACAUAUGAAUGAGUGGAUGUGGGGAACACCAUCCUGCAAUUUAGAGCAGGCAUAAAUCGCGAGCAUUUUCCGGCGGCUCCCAGGAGCUCUUGCCCCGCUGGCCAUGGCCUGCCUGCUGUGGAACCCGCUUGCCCAGGCCGGCUGCGCCGUCCCGGGGUGUGCUCCCUGCUCCGUGGGCAGGAGCUGACAGCUCUCGCAGCACAACUUCUCCUUUUAGAGCCGCUCGCGGCUCGCCCUGCGCAGCCGGGAAACCAAAAUGCCUGCGGGAUCUGCUUGGAGCCACCCUGCUCUGCUCUUACUUCUCUCCCUCGUGCCCCUGUGGGCCGCCGAGCUUUCCUGCAGGAAUGAAGACGGGGAGACGGUGGAUUGGUUUGCUCUUUACAAGCUGCCAAAACAUGCCAAAGGACAGAUUCCCAUGCUGGGACUGGAAUACCUGUACAUGGAUGCCCUGGCUCCACAGUGGCAGCUUGGUAAAUACCUCAUCAACAUGACACAGGGUGCUCUGGGCCAAACACUGCAGCAGCUGUAUGAGACAUAUGAAUCCAAGAAGAACACCACUGCAUAUGCCAUAUACAACGAUGAGAUCCCUGAAUCAGACUCCAAAGGGUCAAAACACGGACACACCAAAGGAUUUCUGCUCUUGGAUAAAUCACAAGGCUUCUGGGUGAUUCACAGUGUGCCCCUGUUCCCUCCCAUCCCUGAGGAUGGUUAUGGAUAUCCAUCUACUGGGGAGUCCUUUGGACAGACAGCCAUCUGUAUAACCUUCAGAUAUGAUCAGUUCACAGCAAUAGACCAACAGAUGCUGAUUUAUAAUCCAGGAAUCUACAGCUGUUCCAUCCCUGACAUCUUCCAGGCUGAUCUCCCAAAUCUCCAGAAACUCUGUGCAAAGUCCAGGCUGCCCUCAGUCCCCUUGUACCACCUCUCCAAGCUCCAGUCAGCUCAUGGGGAAACCUUUCUCCACUUUGCAAAGUCACACUUGUUCAUAGAUGAUAUCUAUGUGGCCUGGAUGGCUCAGGAGCUGAAGACUGAUUUGUUGGCUGAAUCCUGGCAGCGUUCUGGCGAAAAACUUUACUCAAAUUGCUCUCUUGACUACCACGUCUACAACAUAAACAUAAUAGGGACGCCAUUGAACUCCACCUUUCAUUCCAUUAAUGAUCAUUCCAAAUGGGCUGUUUCAAGGAAAUACAAAGAUCAGUGGACAUGCAUUGGGGACUUGAACCGUGCUGCUGAGCAGGCUUGGAGAAGUGGUGGGUUCAUCUGUACCCAGAACGAACAGAUCUACAAAGCCUUCAGGCAUUUGGUAAUCCAGUAUGAAAGCUGCACUUCUGCUCCCAGAGAGCUGUAACAAACCAUUCCUCCCAACCAGCACAGCCCUUAUUACAUGGGAAGUGUAGGAAAUACCUCCCUUGAACUGUAUUUUCACUCUGAAAAGCAGCCCUGUGAGUUUCCAGAUGUGCUGAGCCAUGCCCUUGUUAGCUGUAGGAGCGGGUGCUGUGCAGGUGAAGGGCAGCUGUUUUCCUGUGGUGUGGGGCCCUCAGGGGGUGUGUGCUGGGCCCUGCUCUGCUCCCUGACCA